AAAGAAAGCAGAGUGUAUUUAAUGAAAAGCUCAGUAAGGAGUUUGUAAAUGAAAAUACUAAAUGUCCGAGCUCUGAACACAUCAGUAGUUUUAAAGAAUUUCAGGAAUUUCUUUUGGACAUUUCUGGCAUAACAUACAGAAGGAGGACAUUAUCUUUGGAUCAUCUGUGGAGUUUUGGGUUAGACCAGUGCUGCCUACCAGUUUCUCCAGAUUGAUGAAAACCAGGAAAGAUGUAAGAAAAAAGUUCAGCUUCCAGUUAAAUAUAUGCAUGGAUACUAUACUUCACUUUAAAUGCUGCUGAUGUUAAGCUCUGCUGGACAGUUAAGCUAAUAAGAAGGACUCUGAAAAAAGAUUGGAAAAGAGCUGCCUGUUAAAACUGCCUAUUGUUUAUUUUUCAAAAAAUAUUUUUGUUCUUUUCUACUUGAAAAUUUUUCCUUUGAAAAAGAUAAUUGCCACCCUGGCUAAUCCUAAAUCCGAAUGGCUCUAUGCCUUAAGCAAGUUUUUAACAAAGACAAAACAUUUCGUCCCCGUAAAAAAUUUGAACCAGGCACCCAGCGGUUUGAGCUGUACAAAAAAGCCCAGGCUUCUCUCAAAUCAGGGCUAGACUUAAAGACUGUGGUCCAGUUGCCCCCAGGGGAGAACAUCAAUGACUGGAUUGCCGUGCAUCUCGUGGACUUCUUCAACAGGAUAAAUCUCAUUUAUGGGACCAUAUCUGAGUUCUGCACCGAGAAGAGCUGCCCCAUUAUGUCUGGUGGUCUGAAGUAUGAAUACCGAUGGCAGGAUGAUUAUCGAUUCAAGAGACCUACCAAGCUUUCAGCACCUCAUUACAUGUGCAUGCUGAUGGACUGGAUUGAGACACUAAUUAAUAAUGAAGACAUCUUUCCUACUAGAAUAGGUGUACCUUUCCCCAAGAAUUUUCAGCAGGUCUGCACAAAGAUCCUCACACGCCUCUUCAGGGUUUUCGUCCAUGUUUAUAUCCAUCACUUUGACAGCAUCAUCAGUAUCGGUGCUGAAGCUCAUGUCAACACUUGCUACAAACACUUUUACUACUUCAUCAAUGAAUUCAGUUUGGUUGAUCAAAGGGAAUUAGAACCACUGAAGGAAAUGACCCAAAGGAUUUGCCAUUAAAGAUAUUUUAGACAAUGUUGCAAGAUCAACAUUUAUAUGGACAAGGCAUUCUGAUGAUGCUCCAAUGGACAACUGCUAAGAAUCUGAGGAACUUUGAGUCUUGGAGUAAGCUUCCAGUACAAUUUAAAUUAAUUACUGUGGACUUCAGUAAUUUUAUUUUCCUUUCUCUUGCUCUGUGGCCUUGUGAUUCUUGCUACCUAUAUUGUUCUAUUUUGCUUUCAUCCUCCGGAAGCUGCAGAUAAUCCAUCUACAGUGGUUGGAAGUUGAGGAAAAUAUUCAAAGUGGAAGAAUGACAUCAUCCCACAUUGCCUGUCAAAGAACAAAGAUUUUUCUCUAAUUCUAUCUUGUACUUCAAGGAAGCAUGGAUGAUCCUUGUCACUUCAAGAAUGUGAAUAAUUUUUUCUAAGAAAUAAUUAAAAAUAGUUUAAUUUAGAAAGGCAGAGAUACUGCCCAGAGGGAUGCAAGGGUGAUGGGUGGUAGAGAAAUGUGAUAGAUAAAGAUAUA